AUGAAUACCAUCUGUGUGAUUCUUUCUUGUGCUGUGAAUCUUGAAUGGGAUUUGCAACAACUUGACGUUAAGAACACAUUUCUUCAUGGAGAAUUGGAAGAAGACCUGGUUUCUUCCCAUUAUACAUGGAAUUCCUCCUGGUUUCUCAUGUCAGAAAACCAAGGGAAAGCAUACACUCAAAGCAAUGCUGAUCCCACCUUGUUCAUUAAGAAAACUGGUUCCAAGAUUGCUAUCCUCAUUGUGUACGUUGAUGACAUUGUUGUCACUGGGAGGAUGUUGGGUUGUAGACCUUCAGAUACUCCUCUUGAAGCGAAUGUUCAUCUCAGUAGUAAGACUGGUCCUAACAGGGCCUUUGUUGUUAGACUGGUAAGCCAGUAUAUGCAUGAUCCUUACUCCUCAUACUUAGAAGUUGUGUUCCGGAUUUUGCGCUACUUAAAGUAUGUACUAGAAAAGGGAAUCCUCCUCUCUUCUUAUGGCCAUUUACGAGUUAAGGCCUUUACCAAUGCUAGUUGGGCCAACUCUCUAGAUGAUCGGCAACCUAGUAACUUGGAGGACUAA